AUGGACAUCAAUACUGUCGUGCCUGUUGAGGUGAAGGGGGAGAAAACGCUGGAUGUGGAUGAUGCCCGAUUACUUGCUAUGGGGAAGAAACCCGAAUUGCAGCGUGUAUAUAACACCUGGACGUUGUGUGCGUAUCAGGUCAUGAUACAGGCCAGCUGGUCCUGUCUCAUUGUCCUUUAUUCAACGAUCUUUGAUGUCGGUGGCCCAACGAGUUUGAUAUGGGGCAGCCUGGUCGUCUCUGUAGGUCAAACACUACUGAUGACCUCCUUGGCCGAGUACUGUAGUAUUUGGCCGACGGCUGGUGGACAGCAGUACUACACCCAGGCUCUCUCAACGGGCAGCACGCGGCCGUUUCUGUCAUAUCUUGUCGGCUGGGCUAUCAUGGUUGGGGAAAUAUCGACGGGAUCAAGCUGCGCGCUGAAUAGUGCUCAAAUUAUUGCGUCUUUUGUUCAAAUUGCUCACCCAGACACAGAGUGGAAGUCUUGGAUGACUUGGUUACUUUAUAGUGGAAUGCUUGUUCUUCCAGUCAUUACAAAUCUCAACCAAAGAUGGCUGCCAGGAGUGAACCUUCUUGGCGCACUCUGGGUUGUCGGCGGCGGAGUCACCUGGGCGAUAGUCUUCAUCGUGAUGGCACCCAAGCAUAACGCCAGUUUCAUCUUUACCGAAUUUAUCAACAAUACUGGCUACACAAGCAAUGGAUGGGUGUUCAUCAUUGCAUUUUACAAUUCUAUGUACGGCAUGGUUGGUACAGAUGGAAUGAUGCAUCUGGUUGAAGAGAUGAAGAGUCCAUCUAAGAAUGCUCCACGCGCCAUGAUCUAUUCCAUGAUAUUCUGCGGCAUUAUGAGCUGGCUAUCAGCCGUCUUGAUGAUUUGGACCGCCGGCAACGUAAAUAGUUAUAUGGACUCACCACAGGCAUACAUGAGCUGGUGGAUGGGUGUUACGGGAUCCCUCUAUGGCGGGGGUCUCUUCUGUGCCCUGGUGAUGAUCGGCAUCAAUUUCUUCGUUAUCGUAGGCACCAAUAGUGCCGGGUCUCGAAUUGUGUGGAGCAUGGCUCGUGAUAAGGCUUUCCCUUAUUCUGAGUACUUGUCUCAAGUCAGUCCUCGACUUGGGAUUCCUUUGCGGGCAAUUGGGUUUGUUGUGGUUAUCGACUUAAUGCUUGGCUUGAUUGUUCUGGGCAGUGACCUUGCCUUUCAAUCAAUCAUUUCCGGUGGCGGUCUGAUGUUGCAGGUCAGCUACUUGGUUCCUGUGGUUGUGGUUCUUAUCCGAGGCCGAAAGAUUCUACCUCCACGCCCCCAUUUUGAUCUCGGUCGCUGGGGCUACCUAGUUAAUGUUCUCAGUGUCUGCUGGUCUCUAUUGAUUUGUGUGGUAUAUCUUUGUCCGCUUUACGUCCCGGUCACUAUCCCCACUAUCGAGAAUAUGAACUGGAGCUGUCUGAUUGUGGGCGCUACUAUUCUCUUCCCCGGAAUUUAUUGGAUCUUUGGGGCGCGUUUCAAGUAUAUCAAGGAGCAUAACUCGGUCAUGGAAGACAAUGUUGUUGUCAUUGACAGUGUUAUUGUUGGAGGAAUGGAAGCUAUGACAAGGGAAGCGGGGCCUCAGGCUCCUCGAGCGAAGGAAUGA